AUGGCACCCAAAGUUCUCGUCGUCCUCACCUCCCACGACAAGCUCGGCGAGACCGGUCACCCCACCGGCUGGUAUCUGCCCGAGUUCGCCCACCCCCACGAAGUCCUCCACGACAAGGUCUCCCUGACCGUCGCCUCACCAAAUGGCGGCGAAGCACCCCUUGACCCAUCUUCCGUAAAGGCGUCCGAGUCAGACGAGGUCUCACAGAAGUUCUUGAAAGAGCAGACAGCUCUCUGGAAGAACACCCACAAGCUGGCAGAUGUGCUUCCGCGCGCCGGCGAGUUCGAUGCUCUUUUCUACGUUGGCGGUCACGGACCAAUGUUCGACCUUACCACCGACCCCAACUCCCUGGCUCUGAUCCAGGCCUUUGCCGUAGCCAAAAAGCCCGUCGCGGCCGUCUGCCACGGUCCCUGCGUUCUGAUCAAUGCAACAGCGCCCUCCGGCGUACCGCUCAUCUCCGGUGUUAGCGUGACCGGGUUCUCGAAUGCCGAGGAAGAUGCCGUCAAAUUGUCUGCUGCGAUGCCGUUUAUGCUCGAGACGGAGCUGGGCCGUGUUUCUGGUGGGAACUAUAUUAAGGCCGCGGAGCCUUGGGGAGAGAAUGUGGUUGUUGGGAAGGCGGCUGAGACCGGGUCGGCGAUUAUUACAGGGCAGAAUCCUGGUUCUGCGACGGGUGUUGGAAAGGCGAUUUUGAAGGAGCUGGGUCUGUAG